ACAGUGGCAUCAGUAGUCAACAGUUGUCUCUUUCUCAAUCUGCUGGCAUUUGUCUGCGUUCUUCCAGCUAUCUACUACACUUUCCACAUUCCAGAUCUUAAAACCACACCGUCAAAGCCAAGAGAAGGCAGAAUGCUAAAUCGAGCGCGGAGGGCACUCGUUUGGAACUCUCUUUCUCUCCUGACAUACAUUCCUUAUUCUGUAGUCGUCACAUGUGCAAUCUACUUCAAUACAAACCACAAAUAGCUAGUUCUUUUUGCAAACAUUAUGGUCGAACAUUCCAUGU